AUGUCUUAUCUUGAAAUAAAUAGAGGUGUGAAUAGAAAUAGGAUUUAUCGCGGUCGGACGAUUAGAUAUAGAAUCGUGAUUGUAUUGUGUUCUUUAGUGUUAGUGUUAGGUAGUGUUAGAGGGUCGUGUGGUAAUGGUAUGUGUGAUAGUAAAGUAGGCGGUGAUAGUGCCGUUGUUGGACAGGAAAUAACAGCUCUGGAGGGUUGGGAAGCAUCAUCUAAGGUGGCUAAAGAUCUAACUGCAAUUGGAUUUUGGGUUCAUCCUAUGAAGUGUCUCGUCUAUGUUAAGAAGCACAUGACUGAAGAAGUAACGGCGGUGGCCUCGGACUCGACUGUAGCUUUAAGUCCAACCAACUCCACCGAAAACAUUGAUAUGUAUAUGGUGUUGUGGCCAGAGCCAGAGUUGAAAUUCACAAUGCCCAAAAUUAAUGAAGUAGGCAGAUUACAGAAUGUUUUGACUACAUUGAAGGAUAUUGUUGUUAUCAAAGCCGAAAAGGCAGUGUUUAUCUAUAACGUAGAGCAUGUCAAGAGGUCAACCCACAGAUCCAAAGCUAUAUCUCGAGUUAUCAACGCGCUAGAGUGUAAGGAGCUGGAACUUAGAAUAGAAGAGUAUGACAUAGAGAGAUAUUCGCAAUGGGUUAGUAUAGUAGAUUGUGGUUUGACCCAAUUACAGGAAACAAUCGAUUGUGCUGCUUCGAAUCCAAAUCGCAAUCUCACAGUUAAUGUCUGUUGUUUGAACCCCUCUAUGGUAGAUCUUAUUGGGUUAAAGUUGUCCCAGCGGAUGCUAGUUGCCAAACUCACUCUGAUAGUAACAGUAAUUCAAGAUCGAAAACGUCUUCUAACCUAUUGCGCAGGCUCGACCGCAGAGAGCUAUGAAAAUGAUGUUGAGGACAGCACCCAUAUUGAUUUCACAGCUCUCCACAAUCAAGAAAUCCAAUGCCAAAAGAUUGUUCUUAUUAAUGAAUCGAAAGACUUAACAUUAACUGGUCUCGAGAAUGCUACUCAAGACAUUCAUUCCGAAAUAACUCUAGAACUGCGUUGGGAGACUCUUCUCUGUCUUAUUGAACGCAAUAAUCCUGUCAUCAAUGUUCAUACUAUUAUAGUUAUUGGUCCUAAGUAUGCUAAGAACCUAUUCCCGUUAGAGCAUUUUCACCAGGGACUAUAUUCUACUCCCCACGUCUUUGCUACUAAAAUAACCUCCAAAGUCUAUACCGAGGAAUGUUGGUGUCUCAAGGACAUGUAUAACCAAUACUACACCCCCGAAGCCUAUGCCAAAUAUGGUAUAUCUGUUGGCGAAAGCACAAUUGAGUAUAAGAACAGACAAGAUGGCUUGUUAGAUACGUUAAAGAUCCUUGAAAAGUAUCUACGUGUGAAUUGUAAGAAGUCGAUAGAACAUGUCCAGAGUUGUGGGAUCAAAUGUCCUGCUGAAGAUCGCAGCAAUAACAAAUUGGAACUUCAAGAACCAGUUGAUAUAAACCUUGAAAACAUAAAUAGUUAUAUAUCGUGGCCUAAAUCUGGCUAUUAUGAGAUGGUGAUCCAGCCAAAUAUUGUUUUAUGUCAGAAUAUACACUUUGCAGACAUCAACAUUAACGGCAGUAACAAAUAUCACGAUGGCAAGAUCUGUCGAUCCAUUUUAAAGCUAUUCAUCAAUACUACCGCCCACACAUUUAGAAUCACGAAUGUUCACGAUCAUGCAACCACCUACUAUGGCAUAUCUAGGAUAGAAGAAAAGUGUAAACCCUCUGAAGUCUUCCAACGCCAUCUUAAACUUAAGGCCUUGAUACUAGACGAUGUUUGUAAUGGCCUUUUUUACUGGAUACUAAACAAAUACAGAUUUGCCGAUUCUAUGGAAUUGCAUAUCCUGAACCAAAGCUACAAUAAUCUUGAUGUUGCCCGAAUUCUCUCCUACCCUAAAUACCAGAAGAUCUCUAAACUUGUGCUCAAGGACUUUGUUGAAUUAGAUGAGGUGAAGUUAUACAAGGAAUAUAAGAAAGAAGAUAAACUCACUGAACUCCCACUAUUCAAUUACAUCGAAACAAUGAAAGCCGAAAACAAAACCACCACGGAUCUUAGUCUUAACAAACUGGUGUUGCAACUGGAAGGUCUUGAUUGCAAUAAGUAUACUGAAAUCUUAGCUGAGUUUAAUGAUAUUG